UUUAUUUUUUUUUCCCCAUCCCGCUCUCAAAUCCAGGGAGACGCUUCCGAAGCGGGGCGAGCGCUGAUCUUACGUAAAUGGUGCUGCGCCAAGGAGGGCAGCCCCCCUGCCAGCCCCGGGCCAGGGGAGCGUCCGCCGGUGCCGCUCGCCCUGCCUAGCGGCCGGGUCCCUCGCUGCCGCUGCAGCCCGGCCUGAGAUCCGCUCUAGCACCGGCAGCUGCACCGGCACCGACGGUGACAAGCGGCGAGUACAGCCGGUAGUCCGCAGACCCAUCCCCGGCGGCUUUCGGCUCCUCCGCGGACCGGCUGCGGGGAUGCUGCGGAGCGUCGGAUCUCGCGGCGUGGAGGGCGCUAUGUCAGAGAGAUAACGCAGUUCUGCCAGCAGCCCGGGGCCACUCUCGGUGCCAGCCCUCCCCCGGGACCUGGCUGCCUGGGAGCCACUCGCUUCUCGGCGGCCGGACUGGCAGUGGCGGCGAGGCCGGGGAGCCGCGGGGCGAGGCCCGGCGGGGCGGGGGAGCGUCUGCCGGCCGAGCCGGGGCACCCCGCCUGCGGGGGCCAAGCGGCCGGGAGGCUGAGGAGCGCCGGCAGCAGAGGCGGGGAGGAGGAGGGCAGCGCCAUGACUCAUUUGCAGGCAGGUCUCUCCCCGGAGACUCUAGAGAAAGCCCGGCUGGAGCUGAAUGAGAACCCUGACACCUUGCACCAGGACAUCCAGGAGGUGCGGGACAUGGUGAUCACCCGGCCGGACAUCGGCUUCCUCCGCACCGACGAUGCCUUCAUCCUGCGGUUCCUGCGGGCCAGGAAGUUUCAGCACUUCGAGGCAUUUCGCCUCCUGGCCCAGUACUUUGAAUAUCGCCAGCAGAACCUGGAUAUGUUCAAGAGCUUCAAGGCUACAGACCCGGGCAUCAAGCAGGCACUGAAGGAUGGUUUCCCCGGUGGGCUGGCUAACCUGGACCACUACGGCAGGAAGAUCCUUGUCCUUUUUGCUGCCAACUGGGACCAGAGCAGGUACACGCUGGUGGAUAUUUUGCGCGCCAUACUUCUUUCUUUAGAAGCCAUGAUAGAAGACCCUGAGCUUCAAGUGAAUGGAUUUGUUUUGAUUAUAGACUGGAGCAACUUCACCUUCAAGCAGGCCUCCAAGCUCACACCAAGCAUGCUUAGAUUAGCCAUAGAGGGCCUUCAGGACAGCUUUCCAGCUCGGUUUGGAGGAAUACAUUUCGUCAAUCAGCCGUGGUAUAUCCAUGCUCUCUACACAGUAAUACGUCCCUUUCUAAAGGAGAAGACACGAAAAAGGAUAUUCCUGCAUGGUAAUAACCUCAACAGCCUGCAUCAGCUAAUACACCCCGAGAUCCUGCCUUCAGAGUUUGGAGGAAUGUUGCCCCCCUAUGACAUGGGGACAUGGGCAAGAACACUGCUUGACCACGAAUACGAUGAUGACAGUGAAUGCAAUGUGGACUCCUACAACACUCCAGCAAAGGAUGUAGAAAAGGACCUCUCUCCCAAAUCGAUGAAAAGAUCUCAGUCAGUUGUGGAUCCUGGAGUACUGAAACGCAUGGAUAAGAAUGAGGAAGAAAACAUGCAGCCUUUACUUUCACUUGACUAACGGUUUCUGACCAUCGGACAUGAACUGAGGUGGAAGGCGCUGCCUCUCAGCAACAAGCAAACCAUUGGGAAAGAGUACCAGCUGGAAUCCUAUUUACUUAUGUUAAUGUAGCAUGAUGGCAGCAGGCAGCAGGUUUUACUAUUCUGCCUGAAUUCUGGAUGUGAAAAAGAAGAGGAGAAAAGAAGGAAAAUAAAAUGAAAAAAAAAAAAAAGGAGGAAUCAAUAAUUUAUUCUGUAAGUGCCAACUUGUUUGUAAAUACGAUAUAAUCCUCCAAUUUGACUUUGUAAGUUAUGGUAAACAAAUGCUAUGGAAAUUAAUGACUAUUAAAUAUGUCAGUGAAGUGCACCAUAGAAAAGAGAAGAAAAUGUGUGUGCACUCACACAUGCACACACAUACAUGCAGAGAAACACAUACCGGACAAAGAAAAAUAUCAAAGCCAAUUAAAUGUCCUUCUCAUAGGAAGCCAUAUUGCAGCUAGUGUAUUGACUGCUAUUUUGUUUUCUCUUGCAAUGCUCAUAUAGUGUACAAGGAUAAAGAGGGAAGAACUCAGAGAUGCUGUAAUCAGUCGAAUAUGUCCUAACUGUAGGAAUUUAUUUCCCAAAUAAUGUUAUGGUUUAGGAUUGUGAUUUAUCAUCAACCAUGUAGCAUUGUGAAAAAGGUAACAGAUGAGCUGGAAACAACUCUUUGACAGCUUUGGUUUUGGCUCUGUGGAUCUGUGAGGUUUCAUCCUUAACUUUUCAUUUACAGUUUGCAAAUAACCUGGCUUGUUACCCUAAUCUGGGUGUUGUCAUGUGGGACACAUUGGAGUUACUUCUCUUGCAUUUUGGGUGCACGUCAAGAAUUUUUCCAGAACUCUGUUCUCCGCUGGAAUGAGAAAGUGGUCUUCUAAAUACAGCGUAAUAACUGGUAUUUGAAGUAAAGCGUGACAGCAGAGGUUAAAAGUUAAUAACUGAAUUCUGUGCACUGGGAGACGGGAUACAUAUAUAUAUAUUUCCCAAUCUCUGCCAAGCAUACAAGGUGACAUUGUUAAGACAAGUAUAUUUAAUUGAAGGUUUAUACAAGAAAUCAUACCUAUUCAAUGUACUUAGAUAUAUUAUAGAUUGUAUAUUGAGACAAUGUCAUUAUUAAUAGAGUAAGACUUUCCAUAGAACAACAGCAUCCCACUCCAAGCAAGGAUUAAUAUGAAUAAGUUGUAGUCAAACAUCUCAGCCUAUGUGUUUAGGACACUUUUGUUUUGGUUGUAUUGUAACUGUAUAUAUUGAACAUGUGCCAUACUAGGGAAAUACAUUUUACCUCAAAAGGGCAGCAGCUUUUGCUAGGGAUUGGAUAAAUCACCUGAACCACAGGGACUGUGUCAUCUUUGUGUGCUGGUACAUGUGCAGCCUGUUGUAUGCUAAGGCAAGAAUGCCAUUUUGUAUUAGGACUUAGUUCUGCAAUCAGAGUGAGAAGACACAGGGUGCCCACCAAGACAUCUGUGUGGUCAGGUAUUGUAAGACCAUGUCUUACAGUAAUGCAGGGAUUAGUUAAGAACACACUAACCACAGUGGAGGAGACAGCUCUGAGCAAGCCUGCCACCAGAGUUUAAAGAAUUUCUUGUAUCACAUCAGUGAUCGCUGAAGUUUCAGCCACUGAUUGUAAGUCACCUCUCCUCACCCAGGAUGAUUGCAGCUGUAAGAUUUAAUAGGUUGGGAUGAAUUAAGAGACAGGAGAGUGAAAUCUUGGAAGUGUGUCAUCUCAAGGGGUUAAGCUGUAACUUCUGUGGUGGCAGUUUGGUAUUUCUCAGGGCUGAGAGAACGCUGUCUCUUACAACAUCACCCUAGAUUAGCCCAGGCAGCACACCUGAUAAAGCUUUCCUACUUUGCAGUUCAUUAGCAACACUGAUAAAUAGCAUAUGCCCCAACAUGCCAGUGCAUUAAAGGAACUUUGAUUAAGGAACUGAACAAGUCGUUGCCUUUCUGCUCUUCUAAUUUCAUGAUACAUGUGAUGAAAUGCAAAGAGAAAAGAUAGGGAGCCUGAACAUCUUUUCAGUCUGUCCUACAAGUUUUCAGUAGUAGAAUUGGUUUUAAUACAACUUCUAUGGUUUGAGAGACUUAAAAGAUUGAUGAAUUAUUAUAUACUAUUUUAUUCAGUCCUAUUUUUCACAUACCUUGUAACAUCAUGCUGGCUAUGUGCAAUUUGUCUCUAAGAUUUGCAUAAGUGCUGUAUUUGAAUGUAUGUUAUAUAUGCCCACUCUUACGGUUACUAGAAUAGUAUAUUGUCAUCAAUCUGAUUUUUAAAUCCUUAUCAGAUAAAACUCUAACAUUGGUAGAAAUUUUCUCCUUGUAAGGGCUUCAGGAUAUAGUCAGUAUCCCAUACGUAUGCAAACUGUGACACAGUGGUGAUCAAAAUCU